GUUUCAGGAGCGCAUUCCGACGACGCCCGACGUCCCAUCUCUGAUUGGUGCAGGUACCAACAGAUGUGCUAUCCAGUGGAACCACCGAAAAAAGAGAUGGGUUUCGACGCGUCGGUGCUCAAAAGUGUGCUCGAACAGUUUGUCGAUGAGAUCGGAGAGGAAUCGGUUGAUCUGAUCGAAGAUCGACCACGUUUUGCACAUGCUGUCGUUGUUGUCACGGAUGAUGCUACAGGUGAACUGUGUCAAGCAUCUUGCAUCAGACAACUUGAUGAUGUCAUUCUACAUGAGACAAGUGUGGCAAAUGUAACAUCUGAAUGGAUGGAUGAGGAAAUUCAACGUGCUCUCCGUGAGCUCACUGAGUCACGUGAACUUCUAGACACUCCGCGUAAUAGUGUCUUUGUAGAAGAGAAACAUGAGAAGCAGAAGACUGUAACAACCACUACAACCAGUACAGAGACCAGUCGUAACACCAGUAGCCGAGUUGAGUUUCCAUCAAUGGCUCGUCGUACCCGUUCUACAUCUGCUGCUCGCCGUUUCAACUGAAUAUCGCCCACCAUGUCAAUUUUGCUUUUUUCACCAUUCGCUAUGCAUCGAAUUAUGGCCAACUUCGCGUUUCUUCAGCUUAUUCGUUUCAAAAUUCAUAUCGUACUCAAUAUGAACGAAGUUUUCCUGAAAAGUCCCCUCCCAAUCCGAAACUUUAACACCCGUUUGUCGUCCACACCCUCCCCUGCUUUUUUGCGAUCUCAAGGCUUAUAUUUUUAAUCAACGUCAUUAUUUUUCAAUUCGAAAAAUAUUCUAGAAUUCGUCUAGAAAACUCGAAAAUGAAACAUUUAUUUUUAUAA